AAGCCCAAGUCUCGUCACAGAAAUAAGCCACCUAGCUAGCUUCUGUAAUGGCCUUAACACACCCCUUCUUCUUCUCCUCUUCUCUUUCUCUUCCAAUCAACACCUUUCUUUGACAAUUUUCUUCAACCCCUUAAUGGGUUUGAUGAAUAUCUGUAUAUCCGCCGUGCUUUCAUGGAUUCCUUUUAUACUGGUGGUAGAUAUUGCGGUACUGCAGUGCUCUGUGGCUUAAGGCAGGCUUGCUUGGAUCCGUUCAGUUGUGUUCAGAAAAGGUUUUUCUAAGUUCCAGCUCGUUGAAGCCAUGGAAGAGGUCAGGAGUAUGCUGUUUGGGAAGUAUGAAACGGGGAGGUUGCUCGGGAAAGGGACCUUCGCCAAGGUCUACUAUGCUAAGCAUAUGGUGUCCGGGGAGAGCGUUGCGAUCAAAGUAAUCAACAAAGACUAUGUGAAAAAGGAAGGAAUGAUGGAGCAAAUCAAACGAGAAAUAUCGGUGAUGCGAUUAGUACGACACCCCAAUAUCGUUGAGCUCAAAGAAGUGAUGGCCACAAAGACCAAGAUCUUCUUUGUGAUGGAGUACGUUCGCGGCGGCGAGCUAUUCGCCAAGGUCGCCAAGGGGAAACUGAAAGAAGAUCAGUCCAGAAAGUACUUUCAGCAGCUCAUCAGCGCUAUCGAUUUCUGUCACAGCCGUGGCGUCUCUCACCGUGAUCUCAAGCCGGAAAAUCUUCUCCUGGAUGAAAACGAAGACCUUAAAGUGUCUGAUUUUGGGUUGUCGGCGUUGCCGGAGCAGCUCCGGAACGAUGGACUUCUUCACACACAGUGUGGGACUCCGGCAUAUGUCGCGCCGGAGGUUUUGAGGAAGAAAGGGUAUGAUGGGGCCAAAGCAGAUAUGUGGUCUUGUGGGGUUAUCCUCUUUGUACUUCUUGCAGGGUUUCUACCUUUUCAAGAAGAGAAUCUGAUGAAGAUGUAUAGGAAGGUUUUCAAGGCUGAAUAUCAGUUCCCACCAUGGUUUUCAUCAGAAGCCAAAAGACUAAUAUCAAAGCUCCUGGUAGCUGACCCUCAAAGACGGAUAACAAUACCGGCAAUAAUGCGAGUUCCCUGGUUCCGAAAAGGGUUUUCAAGGCCUGUUGCUUUUUCAAUAGAAGAACCAUUCCCGGACAAGCCUGAGGACAGUGAUACACUAAAGCUUGAAGCUGCAAAGAGUACCAAUUCCCCGUCCCCGGCCUUCUUCAAUGCAUUUGAGUUCAUUUCCUCGAUGUCAUCGGGCUUCGACUUAUCAAGCUUGUUUGAAAAUCAGAAGAAGGCUGGAUCAAUGUUUACCUCCAAGUGCUCGGCGGCUGCGAUCAUGGCCAAAAUUGAGCUGGUGGCCAAGGGUUUGAAGUUUAGGGUUGCAAAGGUGAAGGACUUCAAGUUGAAGCUUCAAGGGCAAUCAGAGGGCCGGAAAGGGAGGUUAUCGUUGACGGCGGAGGUGUUCGAGGUGGCGCCUGAAGUCGCCAUCGUCGAGCUCUUGAAGUCGGCUGGCGAUACGUUGGAGUAUGCCAAAUUCUGUGAGGAAGACGUUAGGCCUGCAUUGAAAGACAUUGUUUGGACAUGGCAAGGUGACAAUCACAAUGGUAAUGUUAGCAACAAUAUUGUUGAAUGUGAAAAUUAAGCAACCAUGAUGACAACUACGGUUUUCACUUUUCACCACCUUUGUUUUUUUUGGUUUUUGGAUUGAGAAGUUAGGGUUUUCUCUUUCUUUUGCUUGUUCUAAUGAUUUUGUAGAUCUCAUAUAUAUACAGACAUAUUGAUCAAUUUUAUCUACAUUUGAAGGAUGUUUUAAACUAAA